AUAUACUGCAAACGUUUUGUUUACCAGAUGAAAAAUGUAAAGAAUCGACUGGUAAAGAACCAGUUAUAGGCAAAAUGAAGUCGACUUAAUGUAAUGGUCGAAAAAAGGACAUAGUUUUAUGCGAUCAUUGAACAAUAAAAAUUAUUCAGUGGAAUAAUACUUCGACAGGAUGAAUUGACAACAGGAAGCACUACAAAGGAAUCCCAUCUACUUUUAUUCAAGACGUAAUGGAAUGGCUUACAUUAAUUUGUCUUGCUGCUGAAUCAAAACGGCAAGCUGAUGAGACUGGAGAUGCAAUACGAUACUCUAAAGCGGCCCUUGAGAUUGCAAAAAAGAAUGGGUCUAAAAAGGAAGAAUCUGUCACUCUUUUGCUACUUGCUGAUAUUUAUAAUCAGAACAUAGAAAACUAUCCCAAAGCUGUUGAUUAUUAUCAAAAGGGACUGGAAAUAGUGCAAGAGACUGGUGACAAGCACCUAGAGUAUGAGAUUUCCCAUGGCAUUGGGAGUGCUUUUAUGAGAAUGGGAGAUUAUGAAAAGAGUAUGAAGUACAACAAACAAAGCUUUGUUGCUGCAUUAAAAACUGGUGACUCUCUAAGCAUAGCAACAUCCUAUAAUGGUCUUGGAAAUGCAUAUAGUUCCCUGUGUGACUAUCAAAACAGCAUUAAGUGUCUUAAAAAAGCUAUUGAUUUGUUCAGAGAACUGAAUUAUGAACAACACUUAGGGGCUUGUUAUGGAGAUCUGGCAGAAUCAUAUCGUAUGCAAGGGAAGUACCAUGAUUCAAUUCGUUUCGCCGAGGAGAGUCUCAAGGUAAAUGUUAAACUAGGAAACAGAAAAUUGGAGGCAGCCAAUUUGCAUCACUUGGGAAAUGUUUACAGAACGUUAAAUGACUUUGAUAAGGCCAUUGAGUUGUACCAGAAAAGCCUAACCAUAAGCAAAGAGAUCAAUCAUAAAGGAAUUCAAGUAAGAUGUUAUUGUAGUCUUGGAAAUAUUAUGCUUAAUCGCAGCAGCUAUGAAGAAGCGAUUUUAAAUUAUAGAAAAUGCUUGGAUAUUGCUGUACAGAUUGACGAUAAACUAGCUAAGGCAACAGCCAGUAUUAACGUUGGAAAUUGCUUAAAGAAACUAAACCGACACAACGAGGCAAUUGAGGAAUACAAUCAGAGUCUUAGACUUGCUAUGGAAAUGAAAGACAAGAAUAAUGAAGCACUUGUCUAUUUCAAUAUUGCUGAUAUCUAUGUCCAAAUGAGUGGUAUUAAACAGGCAAUUGACUUGUAUGAGAAGUGCCUGGUCAUUGCUAACACUAUCGGCAAAAAAGAACUUGAGGGUAAAGCGUGUUCUGCUUUAGGUGAAAUAUACCAUUCUUUACACAAAAGGAACCAAGGACAUCAAGCAUGCAAUAAUACUGAUGAUAAUAUAGUUAAAUCAGAACAAUACUUGAGGAAGGCACUUGAUUGUUUCGACUUUUUGUUUCAACAUCUCUAUCAGCGUGAUCAUUUAAAAGUCUCAAUAUUUGAUGAUUUCACUGAAGAUUACAAGCUACUCACCACCGUGCUCAUUGAGACAGACAAAGUACAAGAGGCUCUGUUAGUAUCUGAUGGUGGACGAGCACGUGCUUUAGGAGAUCGCUUGAUCUUCAAAUAUGGAAUGAUUCGACAAGAAUAUUCAUCCCCUAAUCCACUAACGUAUUCUGAUGUUAAAGCAGUUUUGUUGAAUGAUACCUUUACGAUGCUACAUUACAACCUUUUCACCAAACGUUUGGCUGUGUGGAUUUUAGCCAAAGAUUCGAUAGUGUUGAAGCAAUCAGAAAGGCAAGACUUUGAUUCUGCCAUAGAAGCAUUGAAUCCAGAAGAGAAAGGAAACGAUGAAAACUCCAUGACUCGUUUCUUUACUGACACUAUUACAAGAGCAUAUGAAAUGAUGAAAAUCAAAGAAAGCGUCACUUGUGAAAACAGAUCACUUGAUGAUUGCGUUACAUCGAAAGAUCACGUCACUACAAAAGCUUCUAAAUCUCAGUCACGUGAUGAUGGCGCAAGUGAAGAGAAACUCGAUCAAGAGUCACUCCCAAUUGAAACGCUGUAUAAUUGUUUAGUUGCUCCUGUCCUAUCAGACGUAAAACACGACGAGAUUGUCAUAGUACCCGAUGGACCAAUGUAUAGAGUACCGUUUGCUGCCCUCAGGGAUCCCAAUACAGGACAGUAUCUGUCAGACACCAAACGCAUUCGCCUUGCGCCAUCAAUAGCAAUAUUGAAGGCUCUAAAUGAAUGUCCAGUGGAUCAUCACAGCCAAAAAGGAGCGUUUAUUGUAGGAGAUCCAAGUGUUGGAGAAGUCAAGUUUAGAGGCAAAAAACGAGUAUUUGAACGUUUACCUUCAGCGAACAGAGAAGUCACCUUUCUUUCUGGUAUGCUUAGACAGUCGACCAAACUGACCGGCGAACAAGCUACCAAAGAUGCGGUUUUAGAAAAGUUGAAAGAAGGCUCAGCUGUGAUUCACAUUGCUGCACACGGGAGCUCUGAUAAUGGUGAAAUAAUGCUGGCACCAAAUGUCUCGUCAGAAAGAGAAAUCCCCGAAGAAGAUGACUACCUGUUGACGAUGAAAGAAGUUCAACAAAUAGGAAUCAAAGCUCAACUUGUGGUCCUAAGUUGUUGUUACAGUGGCCGUGGUGAGAUCAGGGCUGAGGGUAUGGUUGGACUUAGUCGUGCUUUUCUUGCGGCUGGAGCUCGUUCUGUCGUAGCGUCAUUGUGGGCAAUCGACGACAGUGUAACUUUUAGUUUCAUGGUGAGUUUUUACAGUUAUCUGACUCGAGGUKAAAGUGCGAGUGUAAGUCUUCAUAAAGCCAUGCAUGACAUUAGAAAAGAAGGCCACAGGGAUCCCAUGUACUGGGCUCCUUUCUUUUUGAUUGGCGAUGAUGUCGUUCUCAAUUUAAGAUAACAUGUUUCAAUUAAACAGUUACUAAAAUAGUUUUACUCUGAAAAAAGUAAAUAUUUUGAACUUGAGAUUCAAAUAGGUCACAUUACGUUGUUUCUAGAGUAGUUUUGUUGGUGACACUAUUUAGUUGUGAUUACUAUAAUAUUUAUUCACGGAUUGGAUGCAUCCACUGCUGUCGAUUAGACAAGAGUAUAAAAUAAAGAACUURGUUUAAUUGAGCAUAUAUAUUUGUUUCACGGUUUAAGUGUUUAAGUGUUUUUAAACAAUUAAAAUUGCGUGAGUGCAAACACUAAAACUAUAGCAACUUUAGCAAUUAAUAUGUGGAUGCCUUUGUAUUCAUUUAUCAUAUCUAACUUUAGUAAUUAAAAAUUGUUUCGUUAAUGUAGACUAAUCUACACUAUAUUGCGGUAGUUAGCAAUAUUUUGUUGGUACUUUUUCGAGCUUUUAGCGUUUGCUUUCGUAUAAUUAUUUAAUUAUUUAAAUAAUUUUUUUUAUUUUCAUUUUAAUUGCUAGCGCUGAUUUUUUGCUCUAGAGUGAACUAUAAAAGCCCGUGAAAUAGAUAUUACACUGAUUUCCUUAGUACGCUGUAAUUGCUUUUGUUUACAUUUGACUACAAACUUUAAUAAUUAAAGUUUGUUUCACGUAUAUUAUAACAUCAGACAAUACGUUGUGUUGUAGUUUUUAUUGUGAAUAGCUAUCUACAUUUUCCCCAACGUUACUUGUAAAUGUGUGGGCCUGUGCAGGGGUUUCAUGAGGGAGAUAUAUUCCAGCUUUGACGACUUACAAUUUUCUAAGACUGCAAUUGACAUCGGCAUUGUUCGAGUAUUGUUUUGGAUUCACACCGAACAAACUGCUGUAGUAUCCGAAAAUGUGUGACUAAUUUGUAAGAUUCAAAAACUUCGCCUUCCGUAACCCCUUGAACCACCCCAGCACACACCCUGUACAGGUCUUUCUGGAAUGACAUUGUUUGCAUUUGAUUCAAAUGAAAAUGUUCAUAAAAUUCUUCAUUUAGUGUAAAUGUUUCAUUAAAGGUUUUUUGACAAACAACACAAAUUGAAGAGUGGUAUUUGCUAGCUUGCGUAUUAUUCUCUGCGACUACUGAAAUGCCUGUGACUAUUUCCUAUAGGAUGUGGGCUUGCUGUAUUCAAAAAUUAAUCCAGUAAUCAUUAAUUUUACAACAUAGUUCAACUUGGACUUGAAAAUAUCAUAUUUGGUGCACUU